UCAGCGCGCCAAGUCCUCAACUCCGCACUUCCAAUUUGACUUCAUCGACCGACGACAGGAGACCUUUCUCAGCACAUCCACCACAUCAAUCAACAUGGCACCUGCAGCAACCGGCGGCAAGAAGCAAAAGAAGAAGUGGUCCAAGGGAAAGGUUAAGGACAAGGCCAACCACGCCGUCGUCCUCGACAAGACCACCGCGGACAAGCUCAACAAGGAUGUGCAAUCAUACCGCCUCAUCACCGUCGCCACGCUGGUCGACCGUCUCAAGAUCAACGGCUCGCUCGCCCGGAGAGCCCUUACCGAUCUCGAGGAGAGGGGUCAGAUCAAGAAGGUUGUGGGCCACUCCAAGUUGACCGUCUACAGUACGUCUAUCCUGUACUUUUCCGCGGCUUGCUCCACCUCUUCGGGCGGAUGUGGUGCAGUCGGGGCCGGGACCGGCACGAAAGUGUUUGAUGGAGAUAUGCUAACCAUGAUACAGCACGAGCGGUUGGAGCGUCAGACUAAGCGGCUCGAAAGAAUGAAAACGGCGGUGGAUGCAAGACUCGGGUCUUUUCAGCUUUUCGACAUUCCUCUUCCCCAUUAUCGGUCGGCGUCUUCAUGAUGGAAGGGUCAUACAUUGGGCAUGCUCAUGGCGGACAUGGUUUGAGAGGACAGGCUGGGUGAUUCGCCCGCCCAUGAUCAGUGUCGAUUCUGUAUUGAAUGAAAAGGAUCCGAAAAUGCAUACUCGUCGCCAACGCACCGUUCCAUUGGUUUUGCGGGACAAGUGAUUUCUACGUCGAAGGUCCUUGCUCUCCUUGAGAAGUGCUUUGUGCUGGAGGCACAGUUACUUGACUGACCGGACAAUAGUAUGGUGAUGGAUCUGAAUAUUAACCUCUGUAAAGCAUGCCAUGUACUGAUUGAAUAGGUUCAAAAUACCCAAACCUCCGUCAAUCGAGACGGCCGCUAUGGACUUUUGCCUCCGUCGAUUUAGAAUCCCAAGAUUCGAGCUUCAAACCAGCUUGA